AUGCACUUGGAGUCUGUCCGUCACUUGAGCAAUUUGAAAACUCUUCACCUUGACAGCAACCAGCUCAAUGACCAGUCUUUCGAGCAGGAUAUCUUUGGAUACCUUGUCAGCCUUGAAGAGCUCGAUCUCAGCCAGAACAACCUGCGAACGUUUCCUUCCGGUCUCCAGACUCGAGUCGAGAGCGUCAACCUGGCCCGAAAUAUGAUCGAAUUCGUGGAAAAGACAUCCGUCCACGGACUCCAGGCACUUCGACGUCUCGACCUCGCAUUCAAUCGUCUCCGAUCGAUCGAAGACGGUGCCCUUCAAGGUCUCGCCCAGCUCGACUCAAUCGACUUUUCCGGCAACAAUUGGUCUUGCGACUGCUACCUCAAGUCCCUCCACAAAUUCAUCGCCAAAGGCUACCACCGAGGUCAGCAAGGCGAUCUCCUCUGCGGCGAAUCUGGUGAACUCACUGGUGUUGAAAUCGAGAAGCUCAGCGAAUCCGAUCUGUCCUGCGACGCCGUCGAGUUUGAAGUUCUUCAACCACGAGAAGGCGAGCUCUUCAUUCAAGUCGCUGAUUUUUACAGCCCAUCGUACGCUUCUUUCCAGAUCAACAUUAGCGGCGUCACCCAGUCAGGAAACGUCAACCUCAUCGAAUCGAAAAGGAUCACUCCCGGAGCCACUCGAACUAUCGCGGGCCUUGGAGAAUACCCUGAGUACAAGAUCUGCAUCGAAUCCCCCUACACCUGGGACCAGGAAGGCUUCACCUCCCCGUGCCAAUCUGCCACUCCUCGAGUCUUCUCUUCCACCCAAUCCGAGAAAGUUUCUACUGUUGUCACUGACGAUGUCGAAACUAUCAUCGGAUUGGUCACCGGUGGUCUGAUCGUCAUUCUCUCGCUCAUCAUCGUCGGCGUUCUCUUCUACAAAUCCAAGCGAUUCCCUUCUUCCAAGUUUUCUGAAACUACCUUCCUCCCCUCCGGCUCGCUUUCUUUCAACUCGAAGUACGAAACUGGCAUCACUCGAACACUCUAUGGUCAGCCUGGUAUGCUCUAUCAUCCAUACACUGUCGGCACUAACUACGGAAACGUCCACCCUGCUACUCUCAACCAGUCUCAACAAUCCCAGCAAACUGUCGAUGCCGGCAGCGAGUUUGCCGUACAGCUGAUUCCAAGCGGCGCCGGUGCUCCGCCACCUUACCCGAGUUACGCCAACAACACUACUGGAAACAACAACAACGAGGGCGGAGUCUUUGUGUAA